GUUGGCAGCUUGCAUGUGAGCCGGGCGAGACCUCUCAUAUACAGCCAGGCCGCCCUUCCUUCACCCAAAAGCCUUCCUUAAGAGCCGCCCCUCAUACCCUCGCCAUUGAAAAUAAUCAAGUCCGCUACUUCCAAGACAGUCGACGACGGUCACCUUCCAACUUGACCAAAAUGGACAUGACAACGAACUCGACGGCCAUGGCGCCGCCGGCCAACACAACGUCAUCCGGCGGCAUGGGUGGUAUGGGUGGGAUGGGUGGCGGCUGCAAAAUAUCGAUGCUCUGGAACUGGUACACUAUAGACUCGUGCUUUAUCGCCUCGUCGUGGAGGAUCACGUCGGAGGGCAUGUUCGCGGGCUCCUGCAUCGGCGUCAUCCUGCUGGUCAUGUCGCUCGAGUUCCUGCGGAGGUCCGUCAAGGAGUACGACCGCUUCCUCCUCCGCCAGCACGCCUCGGCGAACCCUUCCAAGACGGGCUCCGGCUCCCCGACGCCGGUGGCGCCCUUCCGGCCCAACUUUUUCCAGCAGGCCAUCCGCGCAUUCCUGCACAUGGUGCAGUUUGCCGUCGCUUACUUUGUUAUGCUACUCGCCAUGUACUACAACGGCUACAUCAUCAUAUGCAUUUUCAUCGGCUCCUACCUUGGUGCCUUUGUCUUCCAUUGGGAAACUUUUACCCCUGGUGGUGACCAAACCAGCGCCGCAAGGGAGGCUACUGUGUGUUGCGGGUAGACCAGUCGUCCCCACCCUUGAAGCCGCCCGAAGCUGCCAUAGGCUAUCAAGCCCAGAUAGUUGGAACAAAGAAGCUCCGCCAUGGUCGAUGUGUGCCCUUACUGGUUUUCGUCUAGCUUCGUCAUUGAUGCUGUUGUUUUUGAGCCUCAGGACUGCCACUACAGGCAUGCUUGGCCUAGCCUAUUGUCGUGUUACUCGAUUAAUCCCUUUAAUACUGUAGUCUGAUAAUCUUUCCUACCUCUCAUCCAAUGUGUUGGCAAUGUCCCUAGGAAGGGGGUCGGCUUGGAAAUUGUAAGAGCACAAAAUCGUUCAAUCGUGUUCAUCCCGUACGACAUAAGUACGUACCUUUUAUUGUGUUUCUUUUCCCCAGGCGUCCCCAAUCCGCAGCCGAGCACUGCAAAAAUGACAACGGUGUCUGGGAGGUCGGACACCCCAAACCGCACACCGCUGCGAAAGUACGGCCCAUCCCUAGAUCCAAUUCGCGCCAUCCUCACAAAAUAGACCCGACCGGUACCGCUUGUCGCUCAUUGAACUCGUUUGUGAAAUUCUUUGCAAUCAUGGCGUUAAUAAUGUGCUCAAUCUGUCAAUGGCUACGAGCCCC